CAUUUCGCCUUCCCAUCUGGUAACACUUAUCCAAAACAAGCCAGUCAUUUCGUGUUCGUGCGGCUUUUCAACCAAACAUCAAUUGUAAAUUGAAUUGUAACAAAUUUAAAGAUCAAAAUGCAACCCGACUUUGAUUUCACCGACACACCGGUCAGCACUGGUACCACCAUUAUGGCCGUGGAGUUCGAUGGCGGAGUGGUCAUUGGAGCGGAUUCGCGCACCAGCUCGGGUGCCUAUGUUGCCAACAGGGUCACCGACAAGCUGACCCGCAUCACGGACAAAGUGUACUGCUGCCGCAGUGGAUCGGCCGCCGACACUCAGGCCAUUGCCGACAUUGUGGCCUACUCGCUGAACUAUCACGAGAACCAGACCAACAAGGAUGCUCUGGUGUUCGAGGCCGCCUCAGAGUUCCGUAACUACUGCUACAGCUACCGCGAGUCCCUGCUCGCCGGCAUCAUUGUGGCUGGUUGGGAUGAGCAGCGCGGCGGCCAGGUGUACAGCAUCCCGUUGGGCGGCAUGCUGACCCGCGAGGCCUGCACCAUCGGCGGAUCGGGAUCCAGUUUUAUCUACGGAUUUGUUAGGGAGCACUACCGCCCCAAUAUGGCGCUGGAGGAUUGCGUUACAUUCGUCAAGAAGGCUGUCCAGCACGCUAUUUACCACGACGGCAGCUCUGGUGGUGUGGUGCGCGUUGGCAUCAUCACCAAGGAUGGCAUCGAGCGCCGCAUCUUCUACAACACGGAAUCGGGCGCAUCGGCUGUUUCCAGCACUCCCAGCUUCAUUUCCUCAGAAUAAAUAGUAUACCUACCCAAAUAAGAUCGAUGAAGAAAGAGUUGCAAACUCGUCUCAUGGUAAUAAACCUGGUUUUUGUAAUAUGGA